UCUUUGUGUCUAUUGGCUGCAGUUUCUGCCAGUCAUUAAGCUCAGGUUUAGGCUGUUUUAUCAAACCACAUUACAAAGCAGACUUCUUCCCCGGCGAGCUGCUCUGACUGCUCCCAUGGCCAAGCACAAGUCGUUUCUGCUUUUCACACUGUUCUCCAUCUUCCUGCUGCAGCUGUCACUGCCUGAUGAUCAAGUGCCCGGCGUCUUGGGGAUGAGCUCUGAAGUCACUCCGUAUCAGGGAGUCAGGAUUGGGGCAGAUGCAGUGAGCUUUCACAGUCACAGCGGCUCUCCCGAGGAGAGUUACUUACCCACGCCAGAAACACCAAUAAGAGGGGUCCUGCGGCCUUAUGGAUGGCAUCAAGCUGCCCCACAUCGAUACAAAAGAAGGCUGCUCCAGUCCGCUAACUCCACCCCCUACUCCCCUCUUAAUGUGGCGCACAACGGCAAGAUAUGCAUUCUGUUCAGAGCUAAGAAACUGGCAAUCAGGUACAAGAACCACACCAUCGUUGACCUCACGGAGAGAGCAUUCGGUCCCGGUGCCCUGGUGGACACCAGGGGCUCCGUAUGCAGCAAGGACAAAGCCACGCUGUCUCUACGGUUUGGCGAUGUAGAGGAUCUCAGAGGACUAGUCAUUAGACUCCAGAUGUCCAACACGUUCUAUGAGUCAGCUGGUCAGAACUGGUUUACACUGGACAGCGUUCACAUCCACUAUAAUUGGACCCACGAAGCCAUCUUCAACGCCACCGAGGUGUACGCCCCUGCCACCUACUCCUACCACUGCCAGCACGUCAGCAGUCUGCAGAAGUACGACACCCUGCUGGUUCCCAGCUCGCACAGCGACAGCGCAGCCCACUGGCACAUCACUUUCACGGAUUUCCAGAUCCAGGCAUUUAACGUGCAGUCGGGUCGUUUCGCCUCAGCCAGCGACUGCGCUAGCUUCUUCACGCCGGCCAUCCUUAUGGGUCUGGUGACUUCCAUGAUCUUGUUGCUAGUGCUGGCCUACGCCGUGCACAUGGUGGUGCACCUCAAGCACAUCGACCGUUGCGAGGAGAACAAGGCCACCGUCUACUUCCCCCGUAGCACCGAGGCAGAAUGCACAGAUAAGAACAACCUGUGAGAGGCAGCGGAGAAGCCAUUUGCCCCUCCCCCCCCCAGCACAGGGGCAUAUCGGACAGUCUUGUGGACCAAAGAGACUCAAUCUGUUGGGCUGUUUUGCCCUUUCCCACCUCCCCAAACCAAACUCCUGGAAAUAAUUCUGGUACCACCCACUCUGGCUGUUGCACCUUCAAGUAUGAAGAAAGACGAAAGGAACUAAGCUCCAUGGGUCAGACUAUCCAGCUGCUCUGGGAUCAUGAUUGGCCAAACGGAGUUAUUUCUUUUUCGGUGCAACAGCCAGUAGAUCUGGAGAGGAGCUGGGCCGCGGGACGCCGGCGUGCCGGUGACACAGCGGCACGCCGGAAACCCUGGCGGAGCGGUGCAGUCAGGCACAACACAUCGCUGCUGGGAAGGGUGAAGGAGAGAGUCGCAAAUUAAAUUUAUCACACAAACAUGUACCUGCAGUACUGGGGCUAUCUGCCGAGGGGAGACUUUGUACAGCGAUCCAAUGAAUGCGGAUAGUGACCACCGUAAGAAUUUCAUUUUGACCUUCGCAGUCUAAAAAUGUCCAUCUGUCUUCGAUUUUCAUCUGGACGUGUGAUAUCCUCAAUCUGCUGGAGUGUUAUGACGUUUUGUGGAAAUAAUGCUGUAGUCAGACUGUUUUUCUCUGAACUUUUGUUAUGUUUGGCUGGUCCAUCAAUGGAUUCUGACUAAGGUACUCAUUAGAUCAAAAUGUUUCAUCUGGCCUGAUCAUUAUCAAAUAACAAUGGUAUUACAAUAAGUCCAAAUGACUGUCAACUCUACCCUGAUCUGUACGUUUUGUUUUGGAGUCGGCUGAAAACUAUUUUUUGUAUGAAUAAUUAGAUCCGUAUUGAAAUCUGUCUUUUCAUUUCCUGGUUCAAGAUACCAUGGUAACGGCAGUGUUAACAUCACAUAGCAUUCAAACAUGAAGCAUGCAAGUGGCUAGAAACCACCGUCUUCAAACGGCAGAAGCUCGUUUGGCUAACGUUGUGUGAGUUGUGUGCAAUGUGUACAAUAGUCAUAAAAGUACCAAACAAACAGACAUUUUUUAAACGAUCAACUGGUGUAACUGAAACAAUAAAUAAUGGCCAAUAAUGAAA